AUGUGGGUCCUCGCCAUCAUGACGUUCUUGCUCCAGCUUGCAGCAGCAGUCACCACAUACACACCAACACAGUAUCCAGCAACGAUCUGGAAACCCUGGCCAGUGGUCUUCGGCUUCGAGUUCACGAUGACCGGUAUCGUGACAUCAGCAGGACUCCCGAAUGGCACAAACGUACCAGUUGGCUUCACCCCGGGAAGUGCAGCCUACCGCGCAGAAAUGUCUCGAUUGUACUCCAUCUGCGAAGAAGUUGCGCGCACUGGAAUCCUGCCACCCACCGCACAAGAAUGGCGUUCGGCAGGUGCGCCGUGGCGUUGGAGUUCGGGGUUCCCAUCGCGCUGGGUCGGCGAGUCCGUGGAUGCGCUGGGUGAAGCUGUCACUGCAGCAAAGAAUGCAAGCGUUGCCAUCCUAUCGGAGAAGUAUGGGGUGACGUAUAUCAACCCCAGGGCUACCUUGCACGCUCUUGCCGUUGCUCCAAAUUUCAUCUUCACUACAAUGAAGCCAAUUACUGCCAGACAUCCACUCGCUCUUUGGAUGUUCCGCACACAUGAGCCAGAGGCUUUUCCGGACAUGGCAACCCAAAUGGUGGCAAAAGCAUGGUUGAAUGUCAUGGUCACUCGCUUCUCUGAGGCCGUGGUACAAGCAGGCUUUCAUCGGUGCUCCAUUCCAUGGCUCAAUGAUCCCAGGGACCAAAAUCCAUCGUACGACCUAUACGAGUUUGUGUAUCCGGCAGCUACACACGCAAUCUGCACAGCAGAAGUCGGAAAAUGCUUUUUGAAAUAUGAGGGAACCGAUCUGUUCCAUGAGCACGGCAUAACGCCAUGUUCAUACCCAGGGAGCGUUGCUGUGGUUGCAGAUCUUCAGGAGACAGGACUCUCGCUCUGGGCCGAAGGCAUCAACGAUUGCCAGCUUGAUUCUGUUCGUUGGAAUACCUGGCCAGAGCUGAAGCCUCCACCAACCGACAAGACAGGAGUCUGGUCGGAGAGCGUACGGCAGAAGAUCUUGGGGCUAUUGAAGGCUACCGCGAGCAAAUCCAACACAGAAGACGGGGUGGUUUUCAUACCCACUGGAAACUCGUGGAAUUCAGAACUUCUGGACACCCUUCGCAACUUAUCAACAAUGAAGAUCCACGAGGUCUCUCAGCCCCAAUUCGCCGCCAGUACGAACGCCGUCAAGAUCGCACGAUUCGAAGAGCGCACCAUAGCGGAGCAUAGAUGGACACACCUAGAGGGAUGGAAACCCCCUGUGGAGAGUUACUUCGAUCCCAUGGCGUUAUGGUGGUGUUUCGAGGAUAAGUUGUGGACUGUGGGAGGAGGCUGCCUGAAUGACCAGGAGUGCGAGCAUGCUUGCAAGUGGAGAGGAGAGCCGGUUUGUCAUCCAAAGGAUCAGGUGUGUAUGUGCGGUGAGCUUUGGGAGGACACUCCUGGUGGGAAGCGCGAGGAACUGUAUAGGAAACUCUGGGAGGCCGGUCCAGCGGUUUUGAAGAAGCUUUCGACGCGGACGGAGUUCAAAUGGCAAGGGAGGACCCCUGUGAGCGGUAGUUGGGAUCAGGCAGAAUUCGAGCGACGGGAGGCAUACGGGAAAGGGGGAAAGGCGGAGAGAGCUACAAUGGGAGUUUAG